UUCUCGGUGCAAACUUGGCAAACACCAUCGCGUCAGGCGUCUUCCGACUGUGAGCUCUCCUCACGUGAUGCGUACCGUGUGAAAAUGGCGAUAGUGACGGAACAGACUGUGCAGAAUGCACUGUACAUAGGUAGCAUUCGCAUAAACUUUAUGCCGUUGUACAGACUUAAAGUCAGUCCAAGUCGGGCUAAGAGUGGGGCGCAUUGAAAGCUGGGGAAGCUGCUGGACCGAAAGUUGAAAUCGUGAACGGUCGAAGACUCGACAAAGCUGCAACAUCCCAUCACAACAAAAUCUCGAAAAUGCCCCCGGUCGCGAAUAUCCACCAUGGCCAGGCUGGCCCGUCAACCUUUGACAAGCUCAAGAUGGGCGCAAUGAUGGGCGGCACUGUGGGCUGCAUUCUCGGCUUCAUGUACGGAACCAUCAACAUCUUCCGCUACGGCGCAGGCACGAAUGGCGUGAUGCGCACUCUUGGCCAAUACAUGGCCGGCUCCGGCGCGACCUUUGGGUUCUUUAUGGGUGUAGGAAGUGUCAUCCGCACUGAUGUGGCCGAUCCCGAAAUUCGCGAAAUGUACUUGCAAGCGCAGCGACGACCGAUAAUCUGGCGAUCACACCAAGCAUGGAGGCGAGACUAGGCAAACACGAGCUGAUCGAAGUGUAAUGUUGGGUAUGAAUAGGUGGGAUGUACAAUACGAUACUUUGUUUCUAUAUAUUCACCAUGGUGUACGCUUGUCGUUGGCAAA